AUGAAGCGCUCACAGACCAUGCUACGUUCUAUAUCUGUCAAGAAUGCCCGGUGGCCAACGAUCUUGACGGGUCCAAAGCUUUGGUACUCCACGCAGAUGGCAAUGACCCCGGAAGAGGAGAUGAUCACGGAUAAACUACAACAGGAACUGGAACCUGAAGUAUGUAAAGUGCAAGACGUUUCCGGUGGCUGUGGGUCCAUGUUUGCCAUCAACAUAACAAGCAAAAAGUUCAACGGACUGAGUCUCAUCAAGCAGCACCAGCUAGUGAACAGAAUUUUGAAGGAUGAUAUUUCCAGAUGGCAUGGCCUGCAAUUGACCACUAAGAAGGCAAGUGGGAAGGGUCCGGCAUCUUCAUGA